AUGUCAACCACACCUAGCGAUCAUAUUCCGCUGUCUAGAAACCAUCUCUGGGGCCCAGAACGGAGGCGUCUCUCUGCGCAUCUUAUUCAGAAGGCUCUCGAUGCACUGCCAGGCUCUCGUUCUUCGGAACACUUACCAAGCAAACCAUACGAGACGAUCAAGAGACCGUAUGAGCAACAUAGGUAUACGGGAAAGGCGAGUAAAUCUUACGUGCCUCCAGCGCCUGUUAGUGAGAGAACGAAGAGAAAGGAGAGACCGCUGACACCGAGCGAGGGUUAUGGAUUGGGGGUUUUUGGGAUGGGAUUUGAGGUUGGUGGGGGUGAAGUGGAGCAUGUGGAGAGAGAAUUCUUUGGUCAAGGAGGAAGUACAUUCUUUGGUUUGUUGCCAUCGGAGGUGAGAAUGGUGAUUUAUAAGUGGGUACUUGGAGGGAAGGUACUGCAUAUCGUAAGAUGGAAGAAUAAGUUGGGUCAUAUCGUUUGUGAAUGUGAUAGAAGAGACUCGGAUGUAGGGACGAGGGAGGAGGAUGCGUGUAUCGUUGCGGGGUGUAGGGGCGUGAAAAUACAGGGCGGGAGUGGGGUGUAUGAGAGAGUUGGGGAGGGGAGCGGAAGUUUGCUUCAGUUGCUACAGAUUGGGGCAAAACCUAAAGCUAACAAACAUAGCUACUCCGAGGCAAUCUCUCUUCUCUACUCGACCAACACCUUCAAUUUCGACAGCAUGGAAUCUUUCAUCUCUUUCAGUAACGAGAUUCUUCCCCGUCGCUUUGAUUCCAUUACCUCAGUGACCCUCGAUUUCUCCUUUGAUACAUCAUCCCUAUAUAACGAAUCCUCCUCUAACGACGUGCCCCGUUGGGAACGUACAUGGAUGAUACUCGGGUCCAUGAAAUCGCUUAAAAGUCUCAAAGCAACAAUCAUCUGGCCUAGAACAAUACCAGCUUGGAGUCACGAACUGAGGUUAUUGGAACCCUUGAAUAUGGUAGGGAUACUAGGCAAGGAUGGCAAGGGUGGUAAGGGUGAAGGUAAAGAUGGUGAGCGUAGGCCUGAGAAUAAGGAUGCGUUUGAGGUGAGACUGAGGGAGUUGACGAAGGAGGCAAGGGGGAGAGGGAAGGCGAGGGCUUAUGAGGUGGGAAAGGGGUUUGUGGUUGGGAAGGCGAAGAUUGUACCGGCAGCGGGGUUUGAUGAGAUCACCGAAGAGGACUUGCCGUUUAAGGUUGUCAGGAUGAAGUUAGAAUUCAAUGUAGAAGGUGUAAACUCGCAACAUCUACUAUGGGGUAAAAGUGACGCAAAACAAGUGAAUGGACUUCUUGCAGCUAUGAUUCUGGUUUGUAUAUUUUCUUGGCGCUUGACGAGGACCUUAAUGAUUGAGACCAUGGUCAACUUGGAGACUUGA